AUCUUCCAAGUUUCGAUUUACUUGUUGCAUGUUGUUAUCAACCCAGAUCUACUCAAUAAGGCCAUUUAAAGUUUCUCGCAUCUUCCUAGCUCUAAUUGGACCUCUUGGAAUGUGUAAUAGAUCUCUUGAUGUGCUGCUGUUCUCUGCCCUGCUCCUACGCUCGAACCUGCCCUGCGCCCCCUUGCUUCUGCUUCCCCUUUGCUUGCUACGAGCUAGCCCGGCUACACCCAAGCCUACCCCCCCUGCUACUGCACCCGAGCUUGCAGCAGCCUACGCGCCCUGUUGCCUGCGCCCCCUGCUGCUGCAGCUGACUUCGCCCCCCUUCUCCUGCACCCCCCCGAGCCUACAGCAGCGUGCACCCCUUGCUGCUUGCGCCCCCCUAUUGCCUGCGCUCCCCUGCUGCCUGCGCCCCUACUGCUGCACCCGAGCCUGUAGCCGACUCCGCCCCUCUUCUCCUGCACCCCUCUGCUCCCCCCUACUUGCUACAAAACUGAUCCUGCAGCCGACUCCGCCCCUCCAAUCCUACACCCCCCCUCUCUACGCCGCCCCUCUUCUGCAACCAGAUCCUGCACCCCCUCUCUGCGCUGCCCCUUUUCUGCAAAGACAGAUCCUGCGCCCCACGUUGGAGCCAACUGAGCAUGAUGGCAGACCAGCGUCCUUUAGGGUUUCCUUUGAUUUUUGUAUAAAUAGGAGAGGAUUGGUGAGUUUAGGGAGUUCGGUUUUUCUCCUUCUGGAUUUCCUCUUCUUCUUGUCACUAAAAAAGGAGAGAAGCAGAAGACAGAAGUCCGAAAGAAGGAGGGUGUUUCUUUUGUUUUUCUUGGUUCUGGGUUUUCUUUUUUUCCCUUUUGCCUGAGUUUGGUGUUGACGGCAGAGAAAGAAAAGAGGAGUACUCCGGUUAGAGCAAGAAUUUCCCCUUUCCUAGGUAAAUUUCUGGAACUGAGGGACUUCGAGAGGGAUGGUGAAGGUGAUGAGCAGAGCCUGAUCCCGUGGGUGGGGUUCCUCUGUUCAGAUCUGGAUCCAUUUUUUCUCUUGAAAUCUCUGUUUUAGAUUUGUUAUUUCUCUAUGAUGUAUUGUUCUGGUGAUUGAUGUUGAAAAUCCAUGUAUAAUUGUUGAGAAAUGAAUGAUGAAUUUGCUA